AGAAGGGAAACACAGAUGAGAUACAAUCCUUGGACGAGGGCUUCAUAACAAAGGGAACUUAUGCUACUGGAUUUCUGCAUUUUACAGAGUCUUUUGAGUUUGCUACCCAGGAGUCAACACCAUGGAUCAGUUCCUGGAGCAAGGCUGCGACGGGGUGGAACUGCUGGACCUGCUAUUCGACCAGAACGACGGCAUCCUUCGCCAUGAGGAGAUGGGUCACCAUGACCACCAGGGCUGGCCAGUCCCAGAGACGAAUACCCUUGGCCAUCAUGGAGAGGACUUCCUGCAUGUGAUCCUGGGUGGCAACGACUCCGUGUCAGGGUCCCCCCUGUGGCCCCCCUCCCCCAGCGACAGUGGCAUCAGUGAGGACCCUCCCUCGGACCAGAUGGACAGUCCCCAGCGACCUGAGAGCCCCCCCAACAAGCCCCCACACACAGGGCCACUGCCAGGAGGCAGAGACUUCUCCAUCAGUCUCAACAGCUGGGAGUCUGGAUGCUUCCCAAGCAGCGUGGGGGAGGGCCAGGGCCCCUUUCAGCCGCCCCCAGACCUACCCCCCCCGGAUCUGCCCCUGACGGUCAAGGACCUGCUGCUGUCUGGCUGCACUGACCUGCCCCCUCAGCAGUCCCAGAAGUUAUUCCAGGAUCUGGUUCUGAACGAUGAUGAGAAGAAGCUUCUGGCCAAGGAGGGUGUAACUUUGCCCAGCCAGCUACCCCUGACCAAGUACGAAGAGAGAAUUCUGAAGAAGAUCCGCAGAAAGAUCCGGAAUAAACAGUCAGCUCAGGAGAGCAGGAAGAAGAAGAAGGAGUAUAUCGAUGGGCUGGAGAGCAGGAUGGCGGCUUGUAAUGCUAACAACCAGGAGCUGCAGAGAAAGCUAUUCCAACUGGAAAGGAGCAACACGUCUCUCAUGGAGCAACUCCGGAAGCUGCAGUCUCUGGUGAUGAAUGGCUCCAACAAGCCAGCUCAGACCGGAACCUGUGUCCUGGUUCUCCUCCUCUCCUUCUCCCUGCUCCUCUUCCCCAGCCUCAAGCCCUUCUCAGACACCAAGGUGAGCCAGGGGGGAGACUUCAGCCCUAUCAGAGUCCAGUCUCGUUCCCUCCACAACCUCGAGGCCUCCAGAGUGCUGCAGGUCUCAGACCCUCCCUACUCUUCCCCCGACGACGAGCCAAAUGCCUCCCCUCGUGACAGUGAUCACAUCGCCGCCCUGCUGGGAAAGAUGAGUGUGGCAGGGGGGCGGGACCACCUGCAGUCUCUUUCUCUUAACGGAAGCCAGGAUGACCAGAUGCAUUACCAUGGCGACCCCAUCACCGGUCAUAUAGCGAUGGUUACUUUGGAUCCCCGUCGUCGGCCAACCCUUCGCCCUCACGCUGAUGACAUGUGAAACCUAAUCACAACUCAUGUGGGGAAGAGAGGAGGAAGGAGAGCAGGAGGAGAG